AUGGAUAAUCAGACAGUUUUAAGGAGAUCAACGCGAAUAAGCCAAAAUUUUGACCCAAACAAAAAAAUAAAUUACUACUUAAGUGAUGAAUCGAGUGACGAUGAUUUAGCAAAUAAAAAAAAAGAAAGAAAAAAGAAAAGAAGUUCAAAUAAAACUAAUGCCCAUUCAAAUAGUAGUGAUAUAAAUUAUUCUGCCGAUGAAAGUAGUUAUAGUAUAAAUGAAUCGGAUAAAGGCGAUGACGACGAGGAUGAUAUUGAUAAAUUAUUAGAAGGUAGAGAAGAGGAUGAAGGGAACCCAAAAAAUAAAAAAAGUAAAAAAAAUGGAAAAAAUAAAAAAAAAAGUGAUAGUAAUGAAAGCCCAAAAAACAAAGACAAAACAAUAGUUUUAUAUAAAAGUAGUGAUGAGCAAAACACAGAAGAUUCUUCUGAUGAUAUUGCAAAGACAAAGAGUAAAAAUUCGAGAGGAUCAAAAGAUGCUUCGAAUCGAACAAAUAAAACUUCUAAAAGAACUGAUGAUGCCCAAAAUAGAAUAAGUAGCACUCCUAGAGUAUAUGUUUCAAAAAAUGUAAGUUACAUUGAUAAAUUAAAUGUAGAUAUGGAUGAUGACGAUUUUGACAUCUUUAAAAAAAGUAGCAAACUUGACAAAAAUAAAAGAAUAUCAACCAGUAUUAUACAUCGUAGAUUAGCUGAAAUAACAUCAAAAAAAAGGAAAAGUGUUUAUAUCGAAUCAAGUAAUAGUGAUAAGUCAAGUGAAGAAAGUGAUGAUGAGUAUACAAAUGAAAAAUUCAAAACAUCGAAAAAAGCCAAGCACAAUAAUGAUGAUAAUAAUAACAAAUCGAUUAUUAGCGUAAAUAAUAAAAAAAAACAUAUAAUUAAAAAUUUCGAAGAUUUUAAUUUAUAUGAAAAAAUAAAAAAAAAUCCUAAAAAUUUUCAUGAAAUCAUUGAAGAUAUAUAUUAUAGUUUAUUUAAUAGAGAAGAACGUGAUGAAAAAAUUAAAGUACCAACAUUUUUUUUAAACUUUUUAGCUGAAUGUUCAGGAAAUGAAAGUGUUACAUGGACAAUGGAUAUAAUAGAUUAUAUAGACAAGCAAGUAUAUAUAUAUGAGGAUGGCGCAGGUACCGAUAUUGGUAAUAAUAACAUAAGGGGAACGUUAUUAUUGCCUAGUAAUAAUAAUGCUUCAGCGUAUCCUUCUCGAUUUAAUGAAUUGGUAGCACCCUCCACAGUCAGAUCAUGUACCAAAGUCACAAACAUAGAUGAAAUAAUUAAAGAUGAAAAUAGUCUUGAAAAGAUUUGCACAUUUAAAUGUGAAAAAUUAGAACAAUAUCUAAAUGAGAGUUUAGAAAAUGAUGCAUUAAUAAAAAGUAAAAAUGAAAAUAAUAGAUCAUAUAAAGCUUUUAGUAAAUUUUUUUCAGAUUUUGCAUUUCAUUUUGAAGAUAAUCAUAUAAACGAUAUUUUAUAUAUAUGUAUAUGGGUAUUUUCAUUAAAUGUUAGUAAAUAUCGAAAAAUUCGAUUUACUGCUUCUCUUGCUAGUUUUUCAUUAUUAUUAGGAUUGUGUAAAAAAAUUAAUUACAUUAAUAAUCAUGAAAAACAAUCUAGAAAGCAACUUUUAUCUGAGUAUAUAAGGGAGAGAACUACAAAUAAUUUGAUAAAUAUGGAUCGGGGUGACAAAAGUAAUAGAAGACGAAAUAAUACAAUAGUAAUAAACGAUGUCGACAUAGAGGAUUUGAUAAAUUUUAAUGAUAAAAGUGAAUUUGCUGAUGAAAAUCGUGCUAUUUUAGAUCGAAAUUUAAUUAUAAGUCAAUUAAUUAAUGAUAUCAAAGAAGACAGACAAAACUUAACUAUGUUAAAUAAUUUCUUAUUAUGUACAUAUAAUAUUUUAUAUAAAAAUAAAAUAAGAGAUGUUUUUGUAGAUAUAAGAGUAUUAACAUUAGAAUAUUAUUGUAAAUAUUUAGAAAUCUUACCAAUUUAUUUUACAAAUCGAAAAUUUACAAAAUUAUUGAUAUGGAUAUUAUAUGAUAAAGAUAGUAAAAUAAAAAUAGGUUCUUUAAAUAUUUUAAUUCAUCUUUGUAAUUAUUAUAAUAUGAAUUCAAAUAAUAAUUUUAAAAUUGUUGAACUAAUAUACUUAUGUAAAAAAAAAGUAUUAAAUUUAAUUUUUGAUAAUGAUCAUAAUGUUCGAAUGAAAACCUUUGAAUUGAUAUUACAAAUGAGUAAGAUGAAAAUUGACAAACAAGAGUUACAAAAUUUUAAAAAGAAAUCAAAAGGACUAAAUAAUAGUUCUAACAAUAAAAAUGGAGAUAAGUCUAGUUCUUCUGAGGAAAGUGAUAUGAGUAAUGGAAAAGACAACGAAAAUGGUAAAGAUCAAAAUGUAAGCAUUCUUUCAAAAAGAGAGAAAAAAAUUGUAAACAACUUAAUAUGGUUUAAUAACAAUGAAAAAAUAUCUAGCAUAAUAACAAGUUUAAUAUAUGAAUCACAAUUGAAAAGUAAAAUUAAAGAAAAUAUUAAAAAAAAAAAUACCUAUUUUGAUAUUGGGCAAAAUGAGACUAAUACUGAAAUAGAUAAGUAUAAUUUAGCAUGUAUAACAAAAUAUUUAAAUAAAAAUAUACCAACAGUUAAAAAUUUUGUGCAUUAUUUUGAUUAUCUUACUAAUUAUAAUGAAAAUAUGAAAUUAUAUACACUUGUUAACAAAUUUAUCAAAGGAAUCCGGGAUAAAAUCGAUUCUGUAUCAUCCAUCGAUAUAAUAAUUGAAUUAUUAUGUGAAAGUGAUAUGUCUUUUAUGAAUUAUAUAAAGAUGACGAAAAAGAGGAAUAUCAAUGAUAAAGACAAUAAUCAAUUAAAGAGGACAGACAGAACUGGUGAAUCUGAUGAGAAUGAAGAUGAUAAUAAAAGCAAUGAUUUUGAUGACCCUCCCGAAGAAGAUUCAAAUACUAGCACCGAUAAAGACCUGAGGAAAUGCCUCCUUCAUAUAUGCGAGUCAUCAUAUAGAAAUCUUCAAAACGAUAUAAUGGAAUUAGAGAAAAAUAAAAAUAAAAAAUAUUCUAAUUCUAUAAGUAAUAAUGGUAAUAAAUUCGAAGAAAGCAGCUCCCAUAAUAGAAAAUUAAAUAAUGAUAUAAAUUUGAUUAAAAGAAUGAUUAUAUACACAUUUAAUAUAAUAAAGAAUAGUAAAAUACUUAUAAAAAUGCAUCAAACUAACCAAGAGCAUUUACUAUUAAUAUUAAAAAUAUUAAAGCAUGCAUUAAAUGAAUGUAAACAUAUAUAUAAAAGCAAAGAAAAGAAUAAUAUAUAUAAUUUUACCUCAACAAUUUUGGAAUAUUUUAAAAAUGAUAUAAAUAGUAAUGUCAACUAUUUUUUUAAUAAUAUUUUUACAUAUUUAAAAGAAACAUAUGAAUAUUUGUUUUAUCUAUUAAAAAAUUUUAAGUUACCAUAUUAUUCUUCAAAAUAUACAAUAAAUAUAAUAUCGUUAUUUUUGUCUUUAAAUCCCUUUUUAAAGAAUGAUAAUAACAUAUUACCAGUAGAUUUACUUUUUGAUUUAUACUAUACUUAUUUUAAUAAUUUUAUUGACGCCUUUAUAUAUUACAGAAAUAAUUAUUAUGCCGAAAUUGAGUGUGAUGAAGAAGAGGGGUAUAUACAAAAUAAAAAAAAUAAUAAGGUAGCUAUAGUUAGUGAAAGUUUAGUGCAUAAGGAAAAACAUGUUGUUGAAUCUAUUGAAAAUGAUAUUGUUAUUAAUAUUACCAAUCUGAUACAUAUAUAUACAAUAUGUUUUAAUUAUAUAAAUAAUGACUUGUCUAAUUAUCACCAAAAAAAAAAUGACGCAAUAAAAAAAAAAAUUGAUAAAGACAUUAAAUACGUUAUAGAAUAUGAUUUUUUUAAAUUCAUUGUAAAUGAAAAGUGCCAAGCCAUAUUUAAAGACAAUGUUUUUUUAAGUGACAUAUUUGAUGAAAAUGAAAUGGCAUAUUAUGAUCAAUAUUUCUUACAACCGGAUCUUAACCAAAGGGAAGGAGAAAUGGAUGAAGACCAAAAUGACGAAAGCGAAGAUAACGAAGAAAAGGACGAAGGAGAUGACGAUGUGGAUGAUGAUGAAGGGGAGGAACAAACUGGAGAAGAAAAUGAGGAUAAUGAAAAUGACUCAGAUUAUGAUGGUGAACACGGAGGUUCAAACAAAGAAAGAAGAAGAAAAAAACAAAAAUUAGGAAAAAAAAAAUCGAAAAAAAAUAACCUUAACAAUAGUAAUAAAAAUGGUAGAAAAAAUGAUAUAAAUUUUGGAAACAAAAAAGGAAUGGACAAAGUUAGUGUAAAUAAUAAAGAUGGCAAUUUUCCUUAUAAGCAUAAUAUACACAACUUGUAUUAUAGCCCUGAUGCAUGCAUACAUGCCAAUGUGAUAAUAGAAAUAUGUUUUUAUAUUAUAAAAACAAAAAUAAAUUCAAUAUAUUAUUAUGAUGAUGAAAAUACUAUUCCUAAUACUCCAUCUUCUCGAUUAAUUUUACUUUGCAUCGAUCAAAUAUACAUUAUAUAUGAAAACUAUAUUUACCAUUUAUGCAAAAAGAGAUAUUUUUUUAAUUAUUUAUACAAUUUCUUUUUAAAAACCGAAGAAAAUAAUGACAAUAAAAAUGACCAAACAGAAGGCAAUGGAAAUUUAGGGAAUAGCAAUUUUCAGGAUAAAACUGAAGUGAAUAAUGGAAAAAAUAACGAAACAAAAAAUGAAGAAGAAAAAAAAGAUGGUGAAGAUGGUGUAGAUAAAAACUUUGAUCAAGAUGGAAAGAAGAAAGAUGAGAUAAAUGUAAAUAUGGAUGAUUUUAAAAAAUUAAAAAAUCUUAAUGAGAAAAAAAUAAAUAUAUUAAAAAAUAUAUUUAUCGAAACAAAUUAUAUAUAUGAUAAUAUAAUAUCAUUAAGAGAUGAACUAAAUUUAUUAUUAAUACUUUUAAUAAAACAUUCAAAUAAUACGGUAUUGAAAUAUGGAACAUUUUUAAAUCUUAUGAAUGUUGCACAAUUAGACAAUGUAUUGUUAUAUUCUAUUAAUGAUUUAAAAAAAUAUAAAACAUUAGAAUUAGUAUUAAAUAUAUUAAAUAAAGAAGAAGUAGAGAAAGGAGUUGAAAUAUAUGAUGAAAUGUAUUACACCAAUCAUGUUGACACAAUUUUAAAUAAUAUUGCGAAUGGAAAUGAGGAAGGAUUAUUUGAAUUUGUAGAAAAAUAUACAAACAUAAAUGAGGAAAUUAAUAAAUAUAAAAAUGUAUCAAGAUAUGUUUACAAAGAAGAUAAUGCACUUUUUAACUUUGUUACAGAAUUAUUUAAAAAUGUAGAAAAUAUAAAUAAUGAUAAUUAUAAUUUUGUUAAUUCAUUUUUAUCAAUUGAUAUAGGCGUAUUUUUUCCUAUUAAUACAUACACAUAUAUUGUAGAUAUGUGUAAAAUAUAUAAUAAAGAUGAAUUAAGUAAUAAAACAAGUAUAUUGGAAAUGCAAUAUAUGCACAUGACUUUAAUAAUAGCACAAUUUAUAUUAAACUCAAAUAACAUUAAUAUUUAUAAUAGUUGUUUAGGUGUUUUAUUGUUAAUACAUCUUAACGUUAAAAAUAAAGGACUAUCAUCCAUAGCAUUAACUUUCCAUAACAAGCUAAAAAAAUAUAAUAUAAAUAUAUUUUAUGAAGUAUUAUUAUGUGCAUUAAUAGGAUUAUACACAGCAUAUAUAAAUAAUGCAUUAGAAGAAAAAGAUCUGUUAUUAUUUAGUGCAUCCAUAGCUAGCCGUCUAGGUGUUAAAAUUGUGGAUAAACAAAAAUUGCCUUUAUGUAAAUUUAUACAUUCAUGUGUUAAUUGUGCUUUAAAUUUAAAAAAUCAAAAUACUUUUAUUAAAUAUAUACUACCAUAUGCUCAAAAGUUGAACUUAACAGAAUAUCAAAUUAAUUAUUUAAAAAAACAAAUCUUGGGCUUAAUACAAUCUUAUAAUAUAUCUAAUAAUACAGAUAUCAAAUUUGAAAAUAGUAUUUUUGAGCACAUGUUACUUGUUAUAAAUAAAAAGAAAAAACUAAAUGAUGAAUUUAAAGAUAUCAAUUAUGAAAAUUCUUAUAUGAAUCUUAAUGAAACAAUACAUAUGAAUAUAAGAAAAAAUCUUCCAAAUAAUUCAACCACAAGUCAGCAAGAUCAUAUUAUCAAAACUAAGAAAACUUCACAGGAUAUAUCUGGUAAUACAAAACAAAACGAAAAAACGACUAAGCUUAAAAAUAACAAUCAACAAAAUGGCGUCAAUGAUAAAAAAUUAGACCAAAAUAUAAAUAAAAAUGAUGAGGAAAGAUAUACCUCAGACAAUGAAAAAAUAACAUCUGGCAUACACAUAAAUGAUUAUAUAAAUCAGAACGAAGACGAAGAAGAUAAUGAUGUAACUAUUAUAGAUAAAGCAAAUGAAAAUAGUAACAAACAAAUUAAUAAACAUAUUUAUGAAAUAGAAUCCAGUCCAAAACCUAAGAGAACUACUAAGUUAACAAAAUUACAACCAAUCGCGAAAAACGAAAAUGGAAAAACCGUAAAUAAUAAUGAAGGUAAAAAUAUACAUCCAAAUCAAUUACCUAAAGAAUCAGUAGAUCAUUCUUUAAACAGUUCAUUAAAUAAUAACAAUGCUGAAGAUAAUGAUGAUAUAUCUAUUAUAUCAGAAAAUAAAAUGAAAAUGAAUUAUUUUGAUGAACAUGAUGAAGAUGACGAUGACUCUAUUUCUGACAUAAUGCCAGGAAUGUCACCUAUGAAGAUGCAAAAAAAAGGAAGGAGCGAAUUAUCAACCCCCAUUUCGUACGCUGAUGAUUUGAUGAAUUUCUGA